AUGGUCGGUAUUCUAAAGUCUGGACUUUCAACCAGCUCUACAGAUCCCAAGCCCAUCCAAUCCGACCAAUCCGAUGGAAGGGUUGACAAUGAGCAAAGCGAAACGAGCCAGAGUACGAUACAGGAUGGGAAGGAGCUUCAAAUAUAUGCAAUGGAAGCACAGUGUCCACAUCUAGGUGCAGAUUUAUCUCAUGCUGAGAUCGAGGAGUAUGAAGACGAGCUG